CGUCGCGUUCAGUCCGAAAGUGCCGCACGUAGCCGCCGCAGUGACGCCGCGACGCCCGACGACGCUCGAGGUAUCACGCGGCGCCGAGCGGAAAAACAAAUCCAAAGAAAAUUGCCCAACGCGGCGAUGACGAAACUCUAAUGACAGUUACGGCCAAUUUGCCAGAUCGACCUUGAAGUCUGGGGCCACUGGGACGUCCGGAGACGAUGGCCUGGCGAGCUGUGUUCGUCGUAGCGUUCAUAGGCGUCGCGACGGAGGCGCGGGACUUUCGUAACGCCAAGAGAGACGUUUCGGGGGAAGAUAGUGCGAUAGUGCCGUGUCCCAAUCCGUGUUCGUGUCCCGUGACGGGACGCGACUGCACGGACUGCAGACAGUGUCCGCGACAGGUCGGGGAACCCUGCAACGAGGAGAACCGAUGCGACCUGCGGAUAGGACUCGCGUGCAAGUACAAGCACGGCGAUCCCGACGGUAUAUGCAGAGAAUCGUCGGGGGUGCCGUGCGUGGUGUACAACAGGACGUAUCGACACGGAGAGACGUUCAAUCUCGACUGCAGGACGCAAUGCGUGUGCCAGAAUGGCACCUAUGGCUGUUCUUCGCUGUGCCCCCAGGAAUACAUAUCGCCUCGAGGAUGCCAGCACCCUCGCCUAGUCGAUGUGCCGGGACAGUGUUGUCGCGAGUGGAUGUGCGACAGCCAGACAGCAGAGCAGCCGCCCUCCUGCGAGCCGGUCUUCUCCCGGUGGACGGGCUGCAGCAGCCGUUGCGGCUCGGGGAUGUCGUCCAGGGAGUCGAACCUGAACGCGCGGUGUCUGCCUGAAACGGAGACCCGCAUCUGUCAGACGAGAAGGUGCGCGAACGACGACGACGAAACGUCGGAUCGCUUACGCCAACAUCACCUGAGGAAGGGCCACGAGUGCAAGGCGACGCACCGCCUCGGCGAGGCGGUCUUCCUGCGAUUCGGCCCUUGCAGGAGUAGGAAACGCUUCCGGCCCAAAUACUGCGGCACUUGUCCGGCUCCGGGAUCUACCUGCAGUCCCACCCUCAGCACCACCGUUCGCGUCGACUUCAUCUGCGAAGGGGCCGGUUCGUCGGAGAAGCCGUCGGACUUGCUCUUGGAGUACCUAGAACCGGGGGCGGACCUGUGGGCGGACCAGUUCCCGCCCAAAUACGACUCGGACGAUGCGCGUCUCAUCACGCUGUCGGUGCAGUGGGUGCUGAAGUGUCGAUGCGGCCCCCGACCGUCGAAGACGACGUCCGAACCGCCGCGGGCGGCGGCCGACGUCGUUUUGCACCGCGUGCAUCGGACUUCGACCCCGUGAGCUGUUUGGUGACGGUGAGAGUUGGGGCGUGGUGCGAGGACCACUACCCCGCCGCGAAAUGUACAAUAAAAUUGUAACACACUGUAAAUCGUGCUGUGUAUUUCACCCGCGUGGUAGAUUUCUUCGUUUUAUAUAGGCACACGUCGACAUAUUUUUCGAAUAUCACUUUAGGUAGGCCUUUUUUGGUGAAGAGGUUAGGGGCGACGAGCGGCCACUGUACGGAAAUAAAUCACACUGGAAAUCAGGGCGGG